AUGAUGAUCAGCGCAAACAUCUUCAAAACCAUUGCGCUGAUGAAGUUGGCCUCUGUCGCUGCUUUGCCUCAGGUCGUGGUCCAGCAAGGAACAUACCAAGGCAAAUACGUUGCGGGAUAUGACCAGGACCUUUUUCUCGGUAUUCCUUACGCGCAGCCUCCUGUCGGCGAUUUGCGCUUCCAAAAUCCUCAGCCUCUGAAUGCAACCUUCGACGGGGUCCAGAACGCUACUGAAUACGCCGACUCGUGUGUCGGAUAUGGAAAUAGUGCGGCCUGGCCCUUUACGCUGGGAGAAGAUUGCUUGACACUCAACGUCGUUCGCCCUUCGGGUUCACUUGGGAAUGGACUGCUGCCGGUAGGCGUCUUCAUCCAUGGUGGUGGCUGGACCAUGGAUUAUAGCGCAAAUGGCGUGUACAACAUGAGCUGGAUGGUGAGCCAGUCCGUGAAAAUGAACAAACCCAUCAUUGGUGUCUCGCUGGAUUAUCGCCUGUCUGCCUGGGGUUUUCUUGGGUCGCAGGAGGCUCUCGAUGCUGGAAUCGGUAACAUGGGUCUAAAGGAUCAGCGUGUGGCUCUCCGCUACAUCAAGGACAACAUCAAGGCCUUUGGGGGUGACCCAAAGAAAAUCACCAUAUUUGGAGAGAGUGCCGGCGGUGGUAGCGUCGGAUUCCAGGCUCUAGCCUACGAUGGACAGGACGAGAGUCUGUAUCGCGGCAUCAUUUCCCAAAGUGGUGCCGAUGGAAGUGCCAUGAAGUCACUCGAGACUCGCAAUGCUGCAUAUCACAACCUUACGAUCGCUACCGGAUGCGAUGAGGCAGCUGACACCCUUGCGUGUCUUCGCGAGGCGCCAUUUGAGGUUCUCAACAGUGCAAUCGUGAACAAUACCAGUGGCGGGUUCGGACCCAUGGUCGACGGGGAGUUCCUCACCGAUUAUCCGUCUGUCCUUCUCCAGGAUGGAAAGUUCACCAGGACUCCAAUGCUUGCUGGUACCAACAGCGAUGAGGGUACUUUGUUUGGCGGUUCUACUAUUGACACUGAAGAGGAACUCGCUGCAAGCCUGGUCAAUGCCGGCUUUGAUAACGAGGCUGUGAAGAUAAUGCUAGCUCUCUACCCUGAUAUCGAUGCCCUAACCUUGCCUGCUGGAUACCAGACGCCUCUGGACGGCUCCGUCGGUCGCCAAUUCAAGCGCUAUGUCACCAUACAAACAGACAAUGGCUUCCUCAGCUGGCGGCGUCGACGUAGCGAUGCUUACUACGAGUAUGAUAUGCCUUUCUACUCGUAUCACUUUGACGGCCCUAUUUCUGCUCGAGAGACCAGUCCACCUCUGGGCAGCAGUCAUUUCGCCGAGGUUGCCUACGUCUUCUACAACCUUGAAGGCCAAGGCUACGCAGAAAAUGCUGGCAUCUUCCCAACGAGCAACCAGGACCUCAACGAUUUGGCAAACUUGAUGAGUCGCAUGUGGGUGAGCUUCAUUAAUGACUUGAAUCCAAACAACCACGGGAUUGUCGGAGUCAAGGAGUGGCCUUUGUACAAUAACACAGGAGGUUUCGGUCAAAACUUCCUUUUUGUGCCAGGGAAUAGCCAUGCUGAGCCUGACACAUUCCGGCUUGCUGGAACUACCUACAUUAACACGAUCAGUAAGCAGCUUGGCCGAUAG